GGAAGUAAAUACAUAAGAUUUGAGAGGGGCCAGUGGAACAAGCUGUAAGUAGACCUGCAUGAAGACAUUUGAGCGAAAUAAACUGCGAAAAGCGGCACCAUGCUGCCAGGCUACAGCCCUGUCACUCAGGCCUUCCUGGGCACUCUGUUCACCUGGGCCCUGACGGCUGCUGGCGCCGCCCUCGUCUUCAUCUUCUCCAGCAGACAGAAACGCAUUUUGGAUGGCAGUUUAGGCUUCGCAGCUGGGGUGAUGCUGGCUGCUUCCUAUUGGUCGUUGCUGGCUCCGGCGAUCGGCAUGGCAGAGGAUUCUGGGAAAUACGGUGCCUUCGCCUUCGUGCCUGUGGCCGUGGGUUUCACUCUGGGGGCGGCGUUCGUGUACCUCGCCGACCUCGUCAUGCCAAUGCUGGGGUUAGGAGUGGACCCUCAGGUGGCUCUAGCGCUGCCUCCUGACAAGCCUUUGAAGGAGAAGUCGGAGGACCCAUCGUCCUUCCAAUUCUCGGGCCCUGAGGAGAUGACCAUCCGGAUAGGUAGAGGAGGACCCCAUGCAGACAAGAUCGAGAACGGGGAGGUGCACCAGAGGAGGAGAGGCAGCUUCCACGGCCCCGAGGCCCAGGACGCGGACAACAGACAGGAACAGGAAGAGAUGGUGCGCAGAGGGAGCAGCUGGAGACGGAUCAUGCUUCUUAUCCUGGCCAUCACCAUCCACAACAUCCCAGAGGGCCUGGCUGUAGGUGUAGCAUUCGGUGCCAUAGGGAAGACCCCGUCUGCCACUUUUGAGAGCGCCAGGAACCUGGCCAUCGGAAUUGGCAUUCAGAACUUUCCAGAAGGGUUGGCUGUGAGCUUGCCUCUCCGCGGUGCUGGGAUGUCGACGUGGGGAGCCUUCUGGUACGGCCAGCUGAGUGGAAUGGUGGAGCCGGUGGCGGGGUUGCUAGGGGCCGUUGCCGUGGUGCUGGCGGAGCCCCUGUUGCCGUACGCGCUGGCGUUUGCCGCGGGGGCCAUGGUGUACGUGGUGGUGGAUGACAUCAUACCGGAGGCUCAAGUCAGUGGAAACGGGAAACUAGCAUCGUGGACGUCGAUUCUGGGCUUCGUGGUGAUGAUGUCACUGGACGUGGGGUUGGGAUGAUUGUAACCAAGGCGACGACAAAUCCAACGUCAAAAUCAAGAUCGCUCACAAACUUAGGGACCAAAUAUUCCAGUCUUCUCAGUGCAAAUAAGGGCUCUACAUGUGCAUUCAUUCUUUUGUUGAAUUGAUCAGAGGUUAUUUUUUAAGUUGGUUUGAACUUUUUACGUUUUUACUCUCAUUUCACCCAGGUUGAUUGUUAUGACCGUGUCCAUAUUAUCCCAUGCAGCUCCGAAUUAACAAAUACUUGAAGGGCAAUGUGUCAUUCUUUCAUUUCUUCCACUGUGACCAGUGUAUGAAGUUGUGCUUUCUCAUGUCCGUUUGUGUGUUUGGGAAUAGUCUGGGGAUGAGUUUAGGUUAUUUUAAGUUGUCCUUAGUCGUCCAUUUUUUAUCUUGCUGGAUCGUCCAUGCAAUGAAACGGAUGCAAUGCUGUUUACAGUCACAGAAGAUGAAGAGAUUAAUAACUUGUUAAUUAAAAGUGAUUUAAUUUAAUGUAAUUGCCAUUGGUGUCAAAGUGUAGGGGAGAAUAGUUGUUUUAUGCCUCAAAAAAUGACUUGUAAUAAAAUGUGACAACUAA